AGCCUACAUAUGUAGAAAACACAGGCAUGGAUAGACAGUGGGUGUGACUCCGCCUAUUGAUCAAAGACCAUCCUCCUCCUCCCUUUUGUCUUUUUUUCAGUUUGUUAACUUCUCGAAAAGCCGCGUGGACCUCGGGCAAGCCGCUUCAACCUUUUGGCAGGCUUUCAUUUGGGUCAAAUUCUGGCACAUCCGGGCUGACCGAGUGCAAUAACACGCAACAGAAGAGGACUUUCCCCCCUCUCUUCUUAGAAGUUGUGUUUCAUGGAGUCAUUGUGGAAAUCGUUUGUUGUCACCACAGCAGCGUGGUCUGGAGCCAAAUCCCUGCACGGUCAAAACAAAGUUACUACAUGAUGAGCAGCCAGUCGAUGCAGAACCUCAUUAACCCGGAGUUUCAAUGCAAGAUGCCAUUAUUCGAUAGGACCCUAGCACCCACAGGACUGUCAAAACCAAGAAAUAUGUCUGAUUUCCUGGGUAAGCACACGCUGCAGUACAGCGGGACUUAUGACAACAGAGGAAAAGACAGAGCAGGAUUCAUUCCUCCUUGGAGCAGCUCAAAGAUGUAUCUGCUGGAUGGCAGAAAUCCUGUGAGUCACCUCUCUGGCAGAGAGGGAGAAAACCACAUAAUAUACAGGCAAGACAGCAAUUCUUCAGAAGAAGGCAGUUCUCAUUCUUCAUCUCUGCAUCACGCCCCAGUGAAACAGGGCUUUACAUUAUACAAUAAAAGUCCUGGUAACAGCAGUCCUGUAGGUGCUACGUCAGUAGUGAUUGGAAAACAAAAAAAUGGAGGUGGCACUUCAUCUCCCCCAUCUGAACACUCUGUUUACUUAGCUAUUCCUAAGCCAGUUUAUGGACAUAACCCAUGCUGUGAUGAACCGGGUUGUGUGAUAGGACAACGAUACAGCCUCGAACGUGGCUCUCCGAGGAUACCAAACACUCUGUAUGAGCAUGAUUGGAUGCAAAGUGAUGCUCGCUAUGGUGAAAGAAUACCCAUCCAGAGGAAAGCACAGAACGCAUUGCCGCAACAGAGAGGUUUACAGUUUGAACCCAGCGCAGAACCACUGAAGAGGAUGCCUGUGGAGGCAUACAGCCCUGGUAGAACAAGGACUUUGCCUGCUAUGAUUGAGCCAAGCUACAGUUACCCCUGCACCCUGACUCGACCACUAUUUGGUUCUUUAAGUGAACAGAGUCAGCAGACCUCCCCCAGAGGCUACCCUAGCUUAUACCCCUCCAAUCAUACAUAUGAGCAUAUGACCUCAGAGGUUUAUCAGGAACAUUCUCCCAUGUCCAAAUAUGGUCAUAUAACACAGCACCCAAUGUUUUACUACCCCCAGGCACAUGUAGAGGUAGAAAACAGGACACAGUGUAAAGAUAUCAGCAGUAAGCAGAGAGAAGAUGUCUCGGUUAUUCUUAAACACGCAAUCUCAACCCCCCGGGAGCAUUACAUUGUGCCUCCGUCGCUUCAUGGUGAAAUUCCUUUGCCUUUCCCUAGCCCUGAAACACUGCAAAAUCAUUCCGUAAUGCGGGGUUUUGACUAUCCAUAUUAUGGAGUUCCUCGAUUUACUUUGAAUGCAAGCCACAUCAGACCACCCCUAAAAAGGCUACUUGCAUCGCCUAGCUUGCACUCUAAUCACAUGAAUGUUUCCCCAUCCAGGCAAUGUGUGGAUCACCCCAAUGCCUCUACAACAAAGCUACACAAAGACAACCCCAACAUCAGGCUGCUUGUUGGUCAGUCACACACCAACUCACCAUUCCAGCGUGUGGACCAAACCAGUCCUACCAGACACGCAAGCCUUCCUAACAUCCCACCGUCCAGCAUACAAUCUAGCAGAUUUUUUCCCCCACUCACUGGCCUGCACGUACACCGACCUGUCCUUCCAUCAACUGGCUUGAACAUGGACAGACUCUUGAACUAUUCCUCCUGUGAAACCCAGGUUAGGUGCCCAAAACAGCCACAAGACCUUCCUGUUUCCCCAGCGGCACAGUUGCCCCAGUCACCCCAUCAGGGCUCAGAUCGAAUCAACCCACCUGUGCAUAGUAGUAGUGCAGAUGUUAGAAAAGUUAAUUAUUUGCCCGCUGUUGAACCAGGAAAUAAACACAGUGGCCCAUUGUCUAGUUCAGGCCCCACAGUUCUUAAAGGGUGUUUGAAGAGAAGUAAUUCUCACUCAUCUUCACCCAUCAAAAUAAAAGAAGAGGAUAGAUAUUUAUGUGAAGUGGAACUCUUUAAGAAACGACAAAAGGUAGAAAUGGAGAAUGUACAGGGAGGAAGUAAAAGUGAGUCUCCUCCUAUGCCAGUUAUUGACAAUGUCUUCAGUUUGGCACCUUACCAAGCAUACCUGCAGGCCUCUGGCGUGUUAUUUCCAGGCAGAGUACCACAGGGACCCAUCCAGUUGUCUGAGCAGCUUGAAGUCAAAAUCAUGCCAGACAUCAAAGAGAAAAGACAAGAUCCAGAUGAACAGCAGUCUGAUGCCUGUCAAGUUUCCAAAGAAAUCUAUGCUAAUACGCCAACAGAGAAGCCUAUUGUAGAAGUCCUUGAACCUAAAAAUAUUAAAGUAGAAAAAGAAGAUCAGUCGGACACCGAUAACUCUGUAGAGACGCCUGUGAGUCAGAGGGACUGCAGUGAAAUGGCAAUCAAAAAAGAGCCUGAAGAGACUGCUUCAUCCAACAGUGGGCAAAUGUUGGUGAUAAAGAAAUGCGACCCCGAUGAACUUGAAAGGAAACCAUCAUUAACGGAUAAAACCGAGACAUCAGAUGAGUCCAGACCUGGUGAAGUGACUGCACGCAUGAACUCAUCUCCUCACAGUGAUAUAAACACACCGCCUGAACAGGUGUUGACCCAACAACCCAAAUCCAUUACUGAACCUCAACCACCUGAACGCAGACUAGAUUUCAAAAACAUUCCUCCACACUGUCUGAAGCUUUCCACCUACAAUAUUGUUCUCUGUGAUACAAAGCACUCUAGCCCUGUUCAACCCCCAGAGAAGCCACCUGUGCAGCCGACAAAUGAAUGUACACCAAAACUAGAGCUUCAAAUGCCAGUCCGCAAGCACUUCUUUGAGUUGCACCAUUCCCUCUACCAGCUAGUGUCCAAAUGUGUGCAGGCCUCUUCAGAGCAGGAGCUCAGAACCUGGUUGUCUCAGCUAGACAUGACUGAACCAUCUGCUCCUUCAACCAAAGUCCAGAAAGUGUCCUGUUUGUUGGGGAUAAAAGCCAGAGAGGAGUGGCUCAAUGAGGAGAUAAAGUCAGCACUCCAUAAGCUCCUCGAGAGGUUGAGAGAGUACACUGCCCAGAAACACUGUCCUUUUCCACACGUCAUGCGGGCGGGGGCAGUGUUCCUCCCCAUGCUGGUAGUGAAGGAGCUGCUGUUUCCAAUGGUCCAGGGCACCCUCAUCAACCAGGUCCUGCAAGAACACAAAGUGGAGCUCCGGCCCACCACGCUCUCUGAAGAAAAGAUCCUCAUCCAGCUUCAUAAACGAGCGUGCUCCUCCAGGCUUAGGAGACUCAUGUCCCUCAAACACCUGCCCGACGUCUAUGCUGACGUGAUCAACCUUUUGUAUUACACCUGUGUCUGCAAACAUCUGGAAUCAACCUCACCUGAUGUCCAAAAGAGAGCCCAGGAUUAGAUGUGGAUGAUCCUGCCUCCAGAGAAAAAGACAAAGGCUGUGAGGAGACUAUCAGCCGAACUCCUGGAUUUUAUGACCUCAUUGCCUCUCCAGCCUCACCUGCAGAGUCGCACCCACUGAGACACUUGAAGGACAAAGAAGCAAAAUCUAAUUUGAACAGGAACAGAGCAAAACGUAGGGUAAAGAGCCGUUCAAGACGUAUGUUUCUGGACGACAGUUUGUCAGAUGAGGAUAAAGCAUUUGAUGUUGCAGGUGUGAGUGAUGGGAGUGGCCAUCAGUCUGAAGGGACUGACAAAAGAGGAAAAGACCAGAUAGAUUCAGAGGGGAAUUCUUCAGUCAUUCCACUAUGCACCACUUCCGAGAAUUCAUGGACAUGUCCUUUAAUCUUGGACGAGCUAUCUCCUUGUCCCAGUGACUCAGAGACAAGAGAAUCCUCCAAUCUGCAGCCCGUUAGUCAGUCCUCAGAACCAGUCAAAUCUCUGGUUAAGUCAAACAGUUGUUCAGGUGUGAUUCUCAAACUGAGGAGGAUGUUUAGCGAAGGUCUAGGCAGAAAAAAGGCCCGCUACCAAGCAGUCUCAGAUUCAGGGACAUUUGCUGAUUCUUCCCUCUCGCAGACUGAUGAUAGAGAGGGAGAAGUGAGCAAUGAGAUGGACCUUCACAGCAGGACGCCCUCAGUAGCCCACAGGUGGCAGAGAACAGGAGGCUUUUCUCACACCUUAAGACCCCUUAGCCGCUCUUCUAAAAGAAAACACAGAUCACUCUUAAAGAUAAAAUAUUGCCCUUACUUGUCUGCUUGCCACAGCGCUGAACACAGGAGGCGCUGGGUCCUGCGUUCAGCUGUCCAGAGAGCUCAGAGGGUCAUGAGGUUCUACUACCCAGACCUGGUGGGAAAGAGGAUCCGCCAUCUGUAUGAAGAAGAUGACAAAUCAGAAGUGUGGUACAGAGGAGAAGUGCUGCGUGUCCAUGAGGCCCACACCAACCCUCUGAAGACUAUAUUUGAGGUCAGGUAUGACAGUGAGCCAGAGUGGAAGUAUUACCUGGAGCUGCUGAUAGACUACAAAAAAGGCUGGCUCAAGAUUGAAGACUAGUUUCUGCACACAAAUAUGUGUGCAAGUUUUUUUUUGUCACAUCACUGAGUGCAAUGACAGUUUUAAUGAUUUCUUUUUGUACUUGCAAACAACAGGCUAAUAUCUGUCUAAUCAUCUUCCUCAGGAAUGAAGUUGGACUGGAUAUUUGUUUUGUAAUGAGGUCGGGUAAAUAUUCUUUGUCACUUGAUAGCUACAGGGUGGUUUAUUUUUAUGUGUGUAUAUAUAUAUAUAUAUAUGUGUGUGUGUGUGUCAAUGACUUUUAUGUUUACUCACAAAUUGGAUUCUGGUUAUGUGACAGAAUUGCCACAACUUUGCAUAAUUUGAAAAUCAGAAAAAAGUGACCCCCUCACUCUAAUUGUAAGUAACCAUAAAGUUAGUUGUGUCACUUGUAAGACAAGUUAUUCUGAUUAAUAUUAGUGACUGUUAGAUAGUUUUUUGGAAUUAAGAAAAGAGAAACCAGCAAAUGACAUUAGGACAUUUUUGAAUGGGUUUUACUGUCAAACAGUGCCAGCCAUAUGUAUAUAGGUUUAAAGUAACAGUACAAAAUUUAUGUCAUUAUAGAGUGAUUUUUACGCUGAAGAUGGUGUUUGGUGUUUUACUGUGUAUACCUGAAAGUCAGAUAGGCAUUAAUGUAGUUCUGUACCAAGCUGCUCAAGAGGUCUUUUAAUGGCAAAGUCUGAGAUGUCCCCAUGUGAGUAAUCACUGAACCUUAAGACGUUCAACUCAAGUCAGAUGUUUUUUAAAUUUUUUUUCUAUCAUUUCACUGCACUUAUGCAGAGUGAAAUGUUAAAACGUUGUUUUCAUUGUUUAGCUGUAUUAAAUAAAUGGUUGUGGUGAUUCUUUUUUUCCCCCCUUUGGGAUUA